CUAAACUUCUCACGUUUAUCACUUUUCAAUCACUAUUAGGCCUGUAACAAAUUCCUGUUUUUAUUGUUUUUUUUUAUUGAUAUGAAUAAUUUCCAGGAAAAUGUUAUCCCGCAACACGAAAGGAAAUAACUGUGGUGCUGCACAGUGUGGUCGAAAGAGUUCAUUAUAUACCUUUAGCAAUUAUAAUUAUCAACUCGAAAUUAUUCAUUUCGGGAAGUGGUUCCACAAUCUACACCAGCCAACUCGAGAUAAAAACAACACAAUUUUUACCGUUCAAACUUUUAUUCCUUGUGCCCCGGCGGUGAACUUCUUAAACUUCCAACAUUUCACAAAAACUUUGCGUGAUUUAUUUGCAACGUUAUAGUUGCUGAAAUACAACAGAUGAAUAAGAAGCCGAUUAAUUAUUUCAAAGGCGUCCAGUUGUGUUAAUUAUAUUGGAUUUAGAUUUCAUAGUAUGUGUAACCACUUCCAUUGAAAGUGUAACUAGGCCUAUAUGAGCUGAUUGUUAUAACGAACCGAUCCAUUAAUAUACCGCAAUCAUAUCCUUUCGAGUUAUUGGGGCGUUGGCUUUUCCUGGAAAUUGCGCAGACAUUAUUUAAAAGUGGUGGCAGCUAUAGUCAUUGUGGAAGUAGGCUGUUGCGCCAGAGAUUGUUCAGCAACCGAUUGAACGAGUUUGUUUCAAAUUCCGACAGGGUAAUUUAAGUGUUUGUUCACCUUUGGUUAUAUUCCUCAAACAAAUGGCCCAGUAUUUUCCGUCAAGAACCGCCGUCUUCUUUCUAGCGGUCGUUCUGCUGUUUUACUCUGGCCCAGCUAGUGGCAAUAGCAGAGUCCCGAAAACCGAAAGGUUUGCGCCAACUUCGGAUGAAACCAGAAAUGAAUGGCAGACAGCAGCGGAACAAUUAGAGGAAAGCGACAGCCAUCAGACGAGAAUGGUUAACAGUGACGUCACUUUAGAGAACGAGUACCCCUAUAUGGUGGCGUUAUUAAAGUUUAAUAAUGAAACUCAAGGAAAGUUUGACUACCAAUGUGGGGGAUCUUUAAUUAGUCCAAGUCACAUCUUGACAGCUGCCCAUUGUGUUGAAGAAAACCACAAGGCAUACCCAACUAAAUGGAUCAAAGUCGCUUUGGGUGCCCACUUCAUCAACGAUACGAGCAGCGACGCCCAGUUAACGAAAACCAUCGUCCGAAUCAAAAUCCACGAAGAUUACGAUAGGACAGAAUUGGCCAACGACAUCGCCAUCCUGACGCUGAAGUCGCCCGUCAAGUUCACCGAGACAAUUUCUCCCAUUUGUUUGCCUCCGCCGGAAUCCAACGACCAAUACGAAGGCGAAUUGGCCAUCGUCAAAGGAUGGGGUGAUACGGGAGAAGAUGAAGGAGGGUCGGAAGUCCUCCACCACGCCGUCAAGAAGAUCAUCUCCAACUCGCAAUGUCAGAAAUUGUACGGAGAUACAAAAAUUUUCAACCAUAAUGUGUGCACCUACAGACGCGGCAAACACUUUUGCUUUGGUGAUAAUGGAAGUCCAUUGGUCAUAGAAACGGACAUACUGGACAACACCAACGAGGCCAACGACAUCAAUCAGAAAUGCCAGUGGAUUCAAGUCGGGAUCGCCAGCUGGGGCUUCUGCGGUGCGCAGCAGAGUAUAGGCCACGUACCGGACGUUUACACUCGAGUGACAUCGUUCCUGCCCUGGAUCAAGAAAGAAAUGAAGCGCCUGUCAUCUAAACAAUCUAGACCAAAUUCAAUAAGAAUGAAUGCGAUUGGACGACGCGUUUGAAGUGAUUCGUUCUUCUUUUUCAUUCUCAUUUGUUGAAUCAGCAACUAUAACGUUGAGAGAUCCGCCAAAUAAAUCACACAAUGCUGA